GCCCUCUCUCGCGCGCACUGCUGAAGUAGUUGCUAAAGCCUCUCGGCUUUCCGUAGCCUCGACAUCUAAACGCGCUACUCCACCUCACGUUUCUGCCACCCAAUGAUUGACACGAAUUGGCCCCCCGUCGAGGAAGUUAGAACCGUCACGCUAUCGUCAAGCUAUGCUUUCUUUCGGCCGGUCACGCGACACGUCUAUGCCUAUGCUGCAUGUCGUACCUCCCAUGGUUCCUACUUCAUCCUCAGACACCAAGCUUGAAGAUGAGGCCAAGAACAAGUACCAGGAUGCACUUUGGCAGUGCAAAGAACGCUGGUGUAUUGACUUUCCUUGGCUUGUUCUCUGUCAGACAUGUGCAGGAUUCCCUGCUCUGAAGUGUCGUAUGUGUAUGGAACGUAGAGGCAGAGGCACCAACUAUGGCAAGGGCGGAAAUGGAGCAACCGACGUGCAGAUGCAAACCAUUCAGAAUCACUAGCGAAUUCGGAAGUAUCGAAGGGCGAUGCGGAAGCAGGCGACUCGAAGGUGAUCGCAGAAGGACAGCUCCGCAUGGAGGACAUGCCGAAGGCCAGCAACGUGCAACGUGGACUUGACCGGCAUCCAGUCACAGGUUCGGUGGACAAUUGUCUUCAUCCGGUCGCGCUACAUCAAUUGCGGCCAGAACUUCGGCACGAACAGCGACCGUCUCUCCAAGUUCCUUGAGCGCCAUGUCGGGAGCCGCGAUGUGAACAUCAGUGGUGUCGAUGCUGAAGGGGUGAAGCGCGUGCACCAGUUCCAGCUUCAUGAGGAGCCGCUACCGAAGUACACCACCGCCGUUGGCGACAUUACCUCCUGCAAUCUCACCUGCCGCUCCUACGCCACGGAGCUGGUCUACAAUAUUCAGCUGCGGCUCGGCGACCUGGAGAGGCUGAACGGCGCCAAGAUGUGGAUGCCGCAUUCGUAGCCGCGGAGCACGGAGGCUCGGAACAAGGAGUGUGCGGAGCACCUGGAGGGAGUUGUUGAGUUGUUCCACGCAAGCGAUAUGGCAAAAAUCUUGCUAGGUGUGGACAAGAGGAAGGCGUGCAAAGAGCUCACCACCCUCCUACCCGUGCUUGCAGGAUGUCCCAAGGAGGGGCAGCCGUUCCAUGCUGGUCUCGCUGCCAUCCUUGAGACCAGCGACUGGCCCCGCAGCUACCCCAAUCUCGUGAAGCUCUGGGCAUCUAUGGCGGUGCCCCCCCUCAGCACUGUCGAGUGCGAGAGGGGGUUCUCAAGACACAAUGUGAUAAAGAGCUGGAACCAGACGAGCUUGUGCAACGUGAAGUUGGAGGACCUCAUGUGUAUGAUUUUGCUAGACUAUGAGAUGGAGUGGGACAAAGUGAUCGACGUCUGGCGCAGUAUGAACAAGUGUCGGCCAAGGUGGAUUCAUCGCCAGGAAGUUCGCCACCGCAAGUCCGCCAAGGGCAAGGAGAAGGUAGUGGUGGAGCUGUCUGAGGAGGAGCGGGAGGUAGAGGAGGAAAGUGCCAUUAGCAGUGGGUUUAGUUCUAGUGAUGAUGGUGAGGGGAACUUCUGAAUUAUGAGCUUUGUAUUGUUUAUGCU